UCAUCUUCCCUGAUGUUUGGCGCGAAAAUCACUGUAUGUAUCAGUGGAAUUAGGGUUCCAUUUCCCAAAUUCAGACCUCCCGGACCUCGAAGAACGUCAUCUUUUCUACUGUCGAAUCAUCCAUUAGAGAGGAGGAUGCCCCCUAGGCGUGCUUCAAAGCGCAAGCGCAUCAGUGAGGACGAGCUGAAAAAUGUCGAAAAGCAAGAAGAGGAAGAAGCACCUGCAGCAGCAUCCAAUGAAACGACUGCGUUUAAAAGCUCAUCAGCGAAGAACAUAAAAGAGAAUGCACCUCUGGUGGUGUUCGCUCACGGCGCCGGUGCUCCUUCCACUUCUGAAUGGAUGAUCAGAUGGAAAAACAUGUUGGCCAAGGCAUUGAAUGCUAUUGAGGUCGUAACUGUUGACUACCCAUACAUUUCUGGUGGAAAGCGGAAGGCUCCUCCCAAGGCUGAAAAAUUGGUUGACUUUCAUUCUGAUGUUGUAAAAGAGGCAGUAGCUAAAUACCCUAACCAUCCACUGAUAUUAGUUGGGAAAUCCAUGGGGUCAAGGGUCAGCUGCAUGGUAGCCAGUGGACAAGACAUUGGUGCUUCUGCUCUAGUUUGCUUGGGAUACCCACUAAAGGGAAUAAAUGGUGCUGUGAGAGAUGAGAUACUGCUACAACUUAGAGUUCCCAUAAUGUUUGUGCAGGGUAGCAAAGAUGGACUUUGUCCAUUAGAUAAACUGGAAGCUGUUAGGAAGAAAAUGACCUGUGCUAAUGAGUUACAUGUGAUUGAGGGGGGCGAUCAUUCAUUCAAGAUUGCAAAGAGGCACCUGCAAUUUUCUGAAACCACUCAAGAAGAAGCUGAAGAUCUUGCUGUUCAAGCAGUUGCGACCUUUGUUGCUAAUUUGUAAGAUAUGUGACACUUUGGACAACCUGUCAGUCUUUCCAUUGUUAGAGAAGACCACUCGUGGUCAUUCUAGUUUUGACCCCAUUUUGCUAGUGUUUCACCUUGACUUGUACGGGGAAUUUUGUAAAGGAGCAUCUAGCUCUUCUGUGGUUAGAAUGUUUGCGAAAGACGAAAGUUGCUACUUGUAAAAUCUGAAUUAUCUACAGAAUAGCAGACUGCAGAUAUGUAAAUUUGACAAUUUGUAGCUAGUGCUAAGAUUAUUUUAUGUGGUAAUCUGGCCAAUAUUCUUGUUGCCAUUGAACGGAUAACUCCCACAUGAAAGAGUGAUGACUAUUGAUUGGUUUGUUCAGCUCGCUUCUGGCACUGAACUGAUGCCUAUGAAUGUAGAAUUCAAGCUAUAACCACUGC